CCGUACGGGGAGGUGCCACUGUCGCUUCCGCGCGGGGUGGCCCUGGCGGCGGAUGGAGGAGCUGCCUGUCGUCGUCGUCCUGCUCCUCCUCCUCUCCUUACUGCUUGUCCCCCUCGUGCUCCUGGAUAAGAGGCGCCGCGGCCGGUGGACGCCUCCGUUCAGUCUCCUGGUGGUGGCCGGCUCUGGUGGGCACACAACAGAAAUCCUGAGGUUACUUAGCUGUUUGUCAGAGUCAUACUCUCCUAGACAUUAUGUUUUGGCGGACUCAGAUAAGAUGAGUGAAGCUAAAAUACGUUCUUUUGAACAAAAAAGAGCUGAAACAUACUCCAACUCCCAGUUCACCCUUGAUCGCAUUCCCAGAAGCCGUGAGGUUAGACAGUCUUGGAUCUCCUCUGUGGUAACAACACUAUACUCCAUACUUUACUCUCUUCCUCUGACCUACAAACGGAAACCAGAUUUGAUAUUGUGCAAUGGACCAGGAACAUGUGUUCCUGUCUGUUUAUCUGCUUUUCUUCUUGGCCUUCUACGAAUGAAGAGAACAAUCAUUGUGUAUGUAGAGAGCAUCUGCCGUGUGGAAACUUUAUCCCUGUCUGGAAAGAUUCUUUACUACUUUUCAGAUUAUUUCAUUGUUCAGUGGCCUGAUCUAAAGAAAAAAUAUCCCAAGUCAGUGUAUCUUGGUAGAAUAGUGUAACAACAGAAGAAAAGCUAAGCUUUACCUAAAAUAGACUCUGUAAGCUCCUCACUCACAUUCCUGUAGUAAUUUAUUUUCAAGAAUUCCUGUUACAAAAUUAGGCUGGUACUGAAAAAUGAGACAAUAAAGAUUUCUCUACAUUUCAGUAAAA